AUCGUCUAUCUCCAAGAUAGGCACAUGGCAUCUGAUUGGCUUCUAGCACAGACUCGUUCGUAUCUUUAGGGUCGUUCUGAACACGGAGAAAAAGAGAACCGCCGAGGGAUAUGGAGAGAAAGUCAGAGGAGAAUAGGAUGAAGGAUUCACAUGACUAGGUCACGUUGUCUGCUAUUGUCCCCUCAUCUUUUGUCCUCUCUUCCUAUUCCCUUUUUGACUCUAUCAGUUCCCUUGUAUAUCAGUCCUAUAUCUAGCAAACAACCAAUAAAUAAUGCCCAAUCCCUUGCGGACUCGAUAAGAGCAAUUCCUUCCUCCACUAGAUAUCAUCCUGCUCUGGCUCUUAUACUUCCCAUCACGCCAUUCCCCGUCGACUCGCCAUGCCUACAUCAUGUCCUCCACCACUUCUCUCUGGUGGCCUCCUGACCGCGUCCAGGCCGCCCUGAACCCCGAAUACAUUGUCAGCAAGUUACCUCCUAGCUGCUUGCCCCGUCUGGUCGCCCCGCUACCAUGGGGCGAGGGUCUAACCAGUGAGUCUUAUCUCGACUGGAUUGUCACCAAGGCUGGACGAUUGUUUCUUAUACUCGCGGACAUUGGUAUUCCCGAGCGGAUAUUUGCUCUUGUCGAUGCUUCUGUGGAUGAUGUCGACUUGCCAUUUGCCGCGCAUAGCAUUGACCUUCUUCACCUCUCUCCGGAUGGUGACAACCCGGCCCUAGAUGCAAAGUUCUUCCAUGCCCAAUGGCGCUUCACCGUGCGGGGAAUUGAGGGGGGUGAGUAUGUCAAGUUCACAGCCAACGAAGGUGUACCCAUUGAGGUGCAACGGACAGACAGCACAUUAGCCAAGGAGGGCGUUGAAAAGGUCGUCCUAGCAGGUGCUGUGUGUCGAAUCUACCUCCGCACACAGGUCACCAUUGGCGCCGCGCCGCAUUUCUUCGAAGAGGACGAGGUGCUGGAGGAGAUUCGUUCAUUGAGACGACUGGCCCACGAUCAUGUCUUCUCCACCUAUGCAUCAUACUAUAGCGCGAUCGACAAAACCGUCUGCAUCCUCUUCAACGGACACUAUGAACGCACACUCCUAUCCUUCCUCACAGAUCCGCCGCCUACCUUCAAACGUCUAGAAAAAGCCCACCGUCGCUAUAUCCUCGUCAACUGGCCGCACUGUCUAGCCAAUGGUCUGGCAUGGCUACAUGCGCAUGGGCAUCCACACCGCGGCAUCCGCCCCUCCAACAUCCUCAUCGACGCUGACUUCCGCAUCUUCCUCGGCCAAUUCGAAGAACUGGACACCCUCCUCCCCCCACUGAAAGUCGACGACGUCGAGGCAUACCAGUACGGCGCUCCAGAACGCUGGCAACGCUCCGCUGCAGUCCAAGACACCCAACCCCAUCAGCCACUCCUCCUCCCAUCCGGGGGCCGCACGGCACGCAGGCCGUCGAUGAAAUCCGCAAAACUAAACCUCCCCAAAAUACGGGGCCCAUCCAACCCUGAAAACACAACCAUCAGAUCCGACUCAGUAGGAUCCCAAGACACCGCCAUCCGAGUUACUUCCCCUCGGGCCCGAUUCUCCUUCGCCCUCUCAACAACCUCAUCCGCCUCCUCCGCCUCCAGCGACGGCAGCAAUAACAACACCAACUCCCGCAAGCGAAUCCUCCCAUCUAUUAGACAAAGACCAAUCUUCUAUACCCCCUCCAUCGCCUCUUCAUCAUCUUCCUCUGGCGCCUCUACCCGUCCUCUCUCCACAAUCACCACCACAACAACAACAACAACCACAGACCAAUCCCUAAAUAAUACAAACAACCACACAAUAAUCCAAACCUGGCACGCAGCUACAGCAACUGCCACAGCCUCAGAUAUCUUCUCCUUAGCCGCUAUAACCCUCGACAUCCUAACUAUUCUCUGCAAACGCAAGCUUUCAUCCUUCACGCACCACCGCGGCGCAAAAAACCGCACCGCGGGGCGUGGCGGCGGCGUUGCGGAUUCAUCCUUCCACCUCGAUCGUAACGCAGAUCAGGUAUUCUCGUGGAUAUCCUUGCUAGAGAAGGACGCGGAGAAAAAGCGCAAAUCCGACUUCGCAGUCUUCGGAGUCGGGGUGCUGGGGAUGUUGAAGGUUUCUCGAGGAAUGCUAAGCAGAGAUCCAGGCGUAAGGCCGUCAGCAAAGGGAGUUGAAGGGAUGUUUGGGGAAUUGAUAAAGAGGGCGGGGAUUGAAGUCCAUUGUCAGCUUUCUGCGCCAGAGAAAUUUUCACGGGCCCAGCGUGCUCCCAAACGAGAGGAGAAGGUUGAUGCUUAUGCUGCUCCUGGAUCAUCUUCUGCUGAUACCAGUGGCCGAGACAGUCCGUCUCCGUCGUAUUCAAUGAUCGAGUUUGAUACUCCUGAUUAUCCAGAUUAUCAGGAUGAUUAUAUUCACAGCAGUGACUCUGAAUGAGAUGCAGUCUGAAUAAAUAUAAUACUUCUUCAGCAGGAUCCAGGUGGUAUUCUCAUUUUUUACUUUGCUUUCUACUAUAUUGUUUGCAACGCAACACUAUGAUGAUCCUUAGAGGAUAAUACUUUACCUCGCUUUCCUUUUCUCUUUUGUUUUGUUAUCAUCACGCAAGGUGUCAUGGAAGAGUGGGUGGAUUGGGUUGGAUUUAUCCUAUUAGCGAUUAGUUAGGUUCAUUAAUGUAUUUUAGUAUAUUUUGCGAAUAAAAAUUAUAAAGAGGG